AUGGAGGUGCGGGAUGCACGCAGCGGGGUGCAGUGCGGGAUGCAGGCAGCGGGGAGCAGGUUUCAGAGUCUGCAGCUGGAGCGGGAGAUGUGUUUGGCUUCAAACUGCACCCUGGCCAGGGUGAACCUGUCCCUGCGCCCACGGCUGGAGGACGGGAAGGCUUCCCUAGCCAUCAAGUACCAGGAGCUGCGGGAGAUACGAGAGGCAUGUUGGGACAAGCAGCAGCGCCUGGAGGCAUACCUGGAGAAUUGGAGCCCGCAGAGCGCCCUGGGCCAGCUGCAAGCCAAGCUCAACGCCUCUGAGGCAGAGUCGGAGGCACAGAUAGAGCAGUUCCUGGCCCGGGACCUGCCCCUCGAUUCCUUUCUGGAGUCCUUCUGCCAGAGCCGCACACGCUCCCACAUCUGCCGGACGCAGCUGGAGAAACUGCAGGAGCUGCUGCAGAAGGAGCGGGUGGGCAGGGACCCUGCAGGCCCCGCGGGGCGCCCAGGUGCCCUGGCUAGCCCCGCACGAGCCCGCCUUGCCCCCUUGCGGAGUGGAGCAGCCCCCAAAGCCUUCAGUCUCUCCUAUGGCUUUGUGCCCGCCUGUCUCAUCCCCUCGGAGGCUGUAGUGCCCUUUGCCAUGCCGGCCGCGCCUCCCAGACACCAUCUCCCAGCCCUGGGACACCAGCCAGCAUCUCCCUGCUCCAAAAUCCCCAGCCUGGGCUCGCCCCUGCGCCUCAUCGGACACAUUCCCCUGCUCAGCCCCCAGCCCCUCCGCAGGCAGCAGCGGCCGCAACACCAGAAGCAGGAGCCUCCGCACCGGUAG